AGGUUAUACCCCAAUCAAUAUCAAAAAGCUCAAAGCACCACAACACCAAAACCAAAACCAAAAACAACAACAUGGGCAGGGCUCCUUGCUGUGACAAAGCAAACGUGAAGAAAGGUCCUUGGUCCCCAGAAGAAGAUGCAAAGCUCAAGUCAUACAUAGAACAAAACGGCACCGGUGGCAACUGGAUUGCUUUGCCACAAAAAAUUGGCCUGAAGCGUUGUGGCAAGAGUUGCCGUCUAAGGUGGCUAAACUAUCUUCGACCUAAUCUGAAGCACGGUGGUUUCUCUGAAGAAGAAGACAACAUUAUUUGCAGCCUUUACAUUAGUAUUGGAAGCAGGUGGUCGAUCAUUGCAGCUCAAUUGCCAGGAAGAACCGAUAAUGACAUAAAGAACUACUGGAACACGAGGCUGAAAAAGAAGCUUCUUGGAAAGCACCGUAGAGAACAACAGUCACGUAAUAGAAGCAACACUGUUAAGCAAGAAAGCAAUAAUAUAAAGAGUGGUGAUUGCUUAUCCUUUGUUCAUGAAAAUAAUACUCAACAGCCUUAUUGGCCACAGAUGCCUGUGCUACCAUUGCAACCAUUUUCAUACACAAACCAAGGCCAGUACUGUUUCAACGACCAAGAUUCUAUUAAAAAGCUUCUUAUCAAGCUUGGAGGGAGAUUUUCCAAUGAUUAUCAUCCUACCCUUAAUGGGUUGAAUCUUCAAUUCUCAGAUGGUAGUUCCUCCACGCAACAAAUUUAUCAAGAACAAGUUCAUAUAGGCUCUUCUGCUUGCGUUAACACUAGUGUUAACAACAACGAAGUACAAUUUAGUGCUGGACUUGACUUGGUGCAAGGACAAAGCAGUUUCACCCCAGAGAUUGAGGAAACAUUGGUAUCUACUAAUUAUCCACAAAGAUUAACUGGGUUGGAGUUCUUCUAUGGAGAGGAAGACAUGGUGGAUGAUAAGAUAAUAGGUUCUACUGCUUGUAGCCAAAGUACUAAUUGGGGUGAAACAAGCACACUCAGUUAUCAAACUCUCGCUUCGAAAUACCAAGGUCAAGGUGUGAGGCAAGAGUUUAGCUACCCUGGGGAGCAAUGAAACUCAU